AGAGGAGUAGGAACCAGAGCACUGAGCCUGGGCUGAGCACACCAUGGGGGCAAACACCUCCAGCAAGUCACCACCCUUCAGUGGGAACGAGGAUGUUACCUUCGACCAUUUUGAGAUUUUGCGAGCUAUUGGGAAGGGCAGCUUUGGAAAAGUCUGUGUGGUGCAAAAGACUGACACCAAGAAGAUGUACGCCAUGAAAUACAUGAACAAACAGAAGUGUGUGGAGCGUAAUGAAGUCAGAAAUGUUUUCAAGGAGCUGCAGAUUAUGCAGGGCCUGGAACACCCCUUCUUGGUUAAUUUAUGGUACUCCUUCCAGGAUGAAGAGGACAUGUUCAUGGUUGUUGACCUGCUGCUUGGAGGGGACCUGCGUUACCACCUCCAACAAAACGUGCGGUUCCAAGAGGGCACAGUGAAACUCUUCAUCUGCGAGCUGGUGCUGGCCCUCGACUACCUGCAGAGCAGGCACAUCAUCCACAGAGACAUCAAGCCCGACAACAUUUUACUGGAUGAGCACGGACACGUGCACAUCACCGAUUUCAACAUCGCCACGAUGCUGACGAAGGAGAUCCACGUCACCACCAUCGCUGGCACAAAGCCCUACAUGGCACCUGAAAUGUUUAACUCCACAAAACCCACUGGCUACUCCUUUGCUGUGGACUGGUGGUCACUGGGAGUCACUGCCUAUGAGCUGCUCAGGACCCGGAGGCCGUAUCACAUUCGCUCCAACACUUCCACGAACGAAAUCGCCCACGUGUUCAGGACAGCCAAGGUGAUGUACCCCGCCGCCUGGUCCCCGGACAUGGUGUCGCUGAUCAAGAAGUUGCUCGAGCUGAAUCCCGAGAAACGUUUCUCUCAGCUGAAGGACAUCCAGGCCUUCCCAUAUCUGUCUGAUGUGAACUGGGAUGCUGUUCUCCAGAAGAGGAUAAUGCCAGAAUUCAUUCCCACGAAAGGCAGACUAAACUGUGACCCAACCUUUGAACUGGAAGAAAUGAUUCUGGAAUCCAAACCUCUUCACAAAAAAAAAAAGCGCUUGGCUAAGAAGGAGAAAGGCACCAGCAAAAGCAGUUCCUCCCAGGCCAGCCACAUCCAGAAGCACCUGGAGAUGCUCCAGAGGGACUUCAUUGUUUUUAACAGAGAAAAGGUGAGACACCACCACGACAGCAUCCAGGAGACCACACCACUGACAAAAAGCGGAGGCACGUACAGGGAGGACAACCAGAACAACAACCUCUGAGAGCAGCACGGCCCCUGCAGGAGACCUCCCCGUGGGGCUGGGGCUUGCCCACCCACACAUCGUCACCAUGUCGGACCCUGGACUCGUCCUCUGCUGCCAGGACCCUGCCAGUAGCCCAGGGCACC